GCAUUGAGUUAAUCGAUACCAAUUUUCAAAACAAGAGAUACUCCACACUUGUAUAGAAUUUCCAUAAGCAGUCAAACACACUAUCAGCUUUCCAACAAUGGCGGAUCAAACAACAAUCCUCCUCUCUCUCCUCUUCCUCCUCCCAUUCUCUCUCCUCCUCAUCCUCUACCUCAUCGUCCGCCCUCGCUCAAUCACAAUCCCAAUCAAAAACCGCCACGUCUUCAUCACCGGCGGAUCAAGCGGCAUCGGCUUAUCCCUAGCUCACCACUUCGCAUCCGACGGCGCACGCGUCUCCAUCUUAGCGCGCGACCACCGUAAGCUCGAAGCUGCGAAGGAGGCGAUCCAGCGCUCCACCGGCGUUGACGUCACCAUCUUCAGUGCUGACGUCAGGGAUUUCGAUGCCGUCAAGAAGGCGGUUGAAGAUGCUGGGCCCAUUGAUGUUUUGGUUUGUAAUCAAGGGGUUUUUUAUCCUCAGGAGUUGGAAUUUCAGAGUUUGGAUGAAAUUAAGUUUAUGUUUGAUGUUAAUGUAAUUGGGACUUUUCAUUUGAUUAAAGCUGCUUUGCCAUUGAUGAAGAAAGAUCGUAAGUCUCGUGGUCCGGCUUCGAUUGCUAUCAUAUCGUCCCAAGCUGGUCAGGUGGGUAUUUAUGGUUACACGGCUUACUCUGCUAGUAAAUUUGCACUCCGGGGUCUGGCAGAAGCACUGCAGCAUGAAGUGAUUGCAGAUGAUAUACAUGUGUCACUGAUAUUUCCUCCAGACACUGACACUCCUGGUUUGGAAGAAGAAAACAGAAGGAAGCCUGAGCUGACAAGCAUAAUAGCAGGUUCUUCAGGAAUGAUGAAAGCUGAUGAAGUUGCAAAGAAAACUAUAGAUGGCAUUAAAAAAGGCAGUUUCAUUAUCCCUUGCAACAUUGAGGGUGAAUUAUUGUCUAUAGCUACUGCUGGUCUGUCUCCACAGAGAUCAUAUUUGAUGGCAUUUCUAGAAGUUAUUGCUGCUAGUCCUGUACGCCUUAUUGGUCUGUUUUUUCAAUGGAAUUGGUAUGGAAGCAUAGAAAAAUGGAACUCCAAAAAAAUUAGGACAUGAAGUUAGAGAUUGAUCCAUUAGAGCGGAUGGAGUCAAGCUCAAGACAAAAAGUUCAAAGCUGAAGUAAAUUAAUAUAUUAUUCCUUGAUGAAGAAUUGGUAAUGUAUUAGAGUUUUGCCAUUACCCAAACAUCUUGGCAUUGUCAGGCUGUACAAAUUGUUGCGACUACUUUUCUGGUGUUUUGAUUACGCAAGUACUCGAGUAAUAGAUCCAGUGAUUAGCUCCUGGGCAUUCAUGCUUUAAAAAAAUUUAGAGUAUGUGAGCUCUGUCCAGAGAGCGUCAGAAUAUUCAUGUUAGGCCAGACUUGUGUGUAUGAAUUGUAUUCUUGUUUCAGGUUUACAGUUCUCUCUCAAAGAAUUCAAGCUUGUAGUUGAUGUAGCUUAUAAUGUAGUUUUGUAACGAAAACUUUAUCCAGACAUGAAGAUUAAUCGAUGAUGUUAUGGCCUACAACUGCAAUUGAAAAGCAUGUACUUUGCCAGCAUCUCUUUUAUUUA